AUGAGACAGCAGAGUCAAGCCCGAGGCCGCCUAUCAAAUCCGCAGAGCAGCAACCACCCAGCUGCUCAAUAUCGGGGCCCAAUUCGUCCUGGAAUGGGCAGUAGCCGCUACGCGCCUGUCGCAUAUGUCGAUCAAGAUACCUUUGAGCUCGAUCCCAUGGAACUUGACCCCAUGGAAAUUGAUGACCCCGUCCAAGAGCCUCCACCACCCACCGCUCCGGCUAGCAUGACCCAGGGACCUGGGGUGGAUACCAUUCACCGACACGUCUACUACAUCCCUAUUCGAUCUCAUCCUAUGCCAGUGCUGGACCUUGACGUGAUAACCGCCGCUCGGACUGAAUUGGCUCGUCUUGAGGGAACUGGAAUGCCAAUUCUGGAAGCACUGCCUGAGCAAGCUGGGCCUCAUGUCUUCAUCCGCAUUGAUACUAACCAUAUUGACCGUCGUCAUGCCCUUAUGGAUGCCAAUCUUCGGAUGGGUGCCAUGCAGGACAUGAUCCAAGACGGCUUCGGGUGGUUCACGGGUUUGCCUUACCGCCACCCACACUUCGAAGUCAAAUUUCUUCGUGGUCGACGCCUCUAA